AUGACACUCAAGCGCAAGAGAUCGUCCUCGGAGCUCCCGUCUUCGCCACUCUCCAUCUCUUCCGCCUUUAGCUCGCCACCCAGCAAUGGCCCAUCUCCAUCCAUGAACCUUUUUACCUCUCGCAUGGGGCUCAUCAACCCGUGCCAUCUCAACAGCCGCACCCUCAAGCGCUUCCGCAACAACAGGCCCUCCCAAGAAGAUAUUCAUCAGCGCACGCUACAACUAUUAUAUACCGCACAGCAGCCACAAUACCCGGAUCCGCCGUCGCCGUCUCCCAACGUCGAAGCUCCUCCUGAGGUAGAACCGCUCCAGUCGAGUCACGACAACAAUCAGCAGUCGCUGCAUAGAUUCUGGAAUAUAAAGUCGCAACCGACAGCAGCCCCGGAUACCACCAUUGAGCCGAUGCACAUGGACGAAUCUUGA